GCAAAGUUCAUCGUCAUUUCUAAGCAGUAAGCAUUGAAACGGACGAUUACCAAACUACAAACGCUUACAUUUUUGUUUUCACGUCUUGCAACCUAGCUAGCUGCUCGUCAAGAUGGCUGAGAAUAGAGAGAAAGCUAAAGAUCAGAUGAAGCUAUGGAAAGAGAGUCGAAACACUCAGAGACCAGACGUACUGACCACAGGAGCUGGGGUUCCCAUUGGAGACAAGCUGAAUGAAUUGACGGCCGGUCCCAGGGGCCCUCUGCUGGUGCAGGAUGUGGUCUUCACCGAUGAGAUGGCCCACUUCGACCGUGAACGCAUUCCUGAGAGGGUGGUGCAUGCCAAAGGGGCAGGAGCCUUCGGGUUCCUGGAAGUGACCCAUGACAUCACCCACUUCUGCAAAGCCAAGGUGUUUGAGCAUGUCGGCAAGACAACACCUAUUGCAAUCCGCUUUUCCACUGUUGCCGGGGAGUCUGGCUCGUCCGACACGGUGCGUGAUCCCCGUGGCUUUGCUGUCAAGUUCUACACCGAAGAAGGCAACUGGGAUCUGACAGGAAACAACACUCCCAUCUUCUUCAUCAGGGAUGCCUUACUGUUUCCAUCCUUCAUCCACUCUCAGAAGCGUAACCCCCAGACCCACCUGAAGGAUCCGGACAUGGUGUGGGACUUCUGGAGCCUGCGGCCUGAGUGCCUCCACCAGGUGUCCUUCCUGUUCAGUGACCGGGGGCUUCCGGACGGCUACCGCCACAUGAACGGCUACGGCUCCCACACCUUCAAGAUGGUGAAUGCUGAAGGCCAUCCUGUCUACUGCAAAUUCCACUUCAAAACUGACCAGGGCAUCAAGAACCUUAAAGGGGAGGAUGCAGACCACCUGGCAGCCACUGACCCAGACUACGCCAUCCGAGAUCUGUACAACGCCAUCGCUACCGGCAACUUCCCGUCCUGGAGCUUCUUCAUCCAGGUCAUGACCUUUGAGCAGGCGGAGCAGUACCAGUUCAACCCUUUUGAUCUGACGAAGGUGUGGUCCCACAAGGACUACCCCUUGAUCCCUGUGGGCCGCAUCGUCCUCAACAGGAACCCAGUCAACUACUUUGCAGAGGUGGAGCAGCUGGCCUUUGACCCUAGCAACAUGCCCCCAGGUGUUGAGGCCAGCCCAGAUAAGAUGCUGCAGGGUCGUCUGUUCUCCUACCCGGACACACACAGACACCGGCUGGGCACCAACUACCUGCAGCUGCCCGUGAACUGCCCCUUCAGGACCCGCGUGGCCAACUACCAGAGAGACGGCCCCAUGUGCAUGUUUGACAACCAGGGUGGUGCUCCUAACUACUACCCCAACAGCUUCAGUGCUCCAGAGACACAGCCCCGCUUUGUGGAGUCCAAGUUUCAGGUGUCGCCUGACGUUGGCCGCUACAACAGCGCAGAUGACGAUAAUGUGACUCAGGUGCGUGCGUUCUUCACCGAGGUUCUGAAGGAGGAUGAGCGGCAGAGGCUGUGUGAGAACAUGGCCGGACACAUCAAAGGAGCCCAGCUCUUCAUCCAGAAACGCUGGAUCCAGAGCCUGAUGGCUGUCCAUUCUGACUAUGGCAACCGUGUCAAGGCCCUGUUAGACAAGUACAACACAGAGGCCAAAAAGGACUCUGGUGUGCGUGUCUACACCCGGGGAGGAGCCUCUGCCAUGGCCGCUUCCUCCAAGAUGUAAUACCUACGUCAACCACCAGGGGUCGCACAUGCAUCCAUCCCAGAGAACUGACCACCUGCUAUCGUGAUCAAGCAGAUCUGGCCACUAACCGUCCAUGAAUGCUUGCUAAUGACAGUGGACAGAGUCAUCUUUUCACAUCAAUUUUCAAAGUUCAUACAGACAAGAUGUCCUUAAUGCAGCAUAAUGGUAGACAGCAAGGAAGCUGUUUUAUUAUCAUGCACAUUUCACAACCACCCAAUUUCAGACAACUGUCCACUGUCUCAAAAUAUAAAUCAGAUCAAUAGAUAGUUUUUUUUUUCCAUGACAUUCAUUGUCCUGGCUCCAGUUCAUGAAUGUUGUUGAUGUAAUUGAUGGGUGCAAACCUGCACCUCUGCUAUGUUUGUCAAACUAUGAGCAAAUGCUACCAGUUCCAAACCAGUGAUCAUUAACAUGUUCCUGAUGGAUGGCACAAUGCUAAGAGACACAAAGCAUCUCAGUUGUUCUGUGAUAGGAACUACCUGCCUCUGCUACAAAACAUAUGUAAUUAUUCUCAACGCCAAAGUAACGCAACAGUGCCUAAUUUAACUACAGCCAUAAACCUUCACUGGAGCAUUUCAGAAGAAGUUUGUAUGGAUACCCAUUCACCAGAAUGACAGACUGAAAUAUAGUAGUUUGGUAAACUUUCACAAAUAGCAGUGUUUAGAUUUAAUGAAAAACACCACUACGUCAGUAUGUCUCUCUCCUUUUUUCCCUCCCCUAGUCAUAGUUAGUCACUAAUGGGCUUGUUUGUUCAAUCUGUACCUGUGAUUUUGAGAAGUAAUCUGUUAUAUUAACAUGAAAUUAUGAACUUCUUCAUAAUUGGAUAUAUCAAAUGAUUGUAUUGCUUGUUUUUUUGUGUGAUAAAGGCCUAACUGCA